GCUCAGUGACUCCGGACACUAAGUUCCCAUACAGCCAGUCAGGGGCCACAGAGCUGUCAGGAGCCACGCAGAACCUCGCCUGGGAUUGCACCUAGCCGCCGGGGUCCCGGGAUUCCCCGUCACAGCUGGGCAAGAUACAGGGUCUCUGCGGACCCCACUCGUGGAUUUAUCUGUGGACAAGUUCUCCCACCUGCUUGUCCGGGGAUCUAGCAGCACCUGGAGCGGGGAGCAGCGCAGCCACCCCCGGGAGAGGGGCCGGAGGAUCGUCCCAGGGACCGGUGUCCCCUCUGCUCCGGGACAUGCAGGGACCCCGGAGCUGCUGGAGAUCCGCGGAGCGGAGCUGUCCUGGGGGCAGCAUGAGGGGGAGCCUGCGGUUGCUGCUGCUACUGAUCGCCGCCGUCCUGCCCCUGGUGGGGACCAACUCCUGGUGGUCGUUGGCACUAAAUCCGGUGCAGAGGCCGGAGAUGUACAUCAUCGGUGCCCAGCCGCUGUGCAGUCAGCUGUCCGGCCUCUCCCCGGGCCAGAGGAAGCUGUGCCAACUCUACCAGGAUCACAUGGUGUACAUCGGGGAGGGUGCCAAGACUGGCAUCAAGGAGUGCCAGCACCAGUUCAAGCAAAGGAGGUGGAACUGCAGCACCGUGGACAACGCCUCUGUGUUCGGCAGGGUCAUGCAGAUCGGUAGCAGAGAAGCCGCCUUCACCUACGCCAUCAGCGCGGCGGGAGUGGUAAACGCCAUCAGCCGCGCCUGCCGCGAGGGCGAGCUGUCCACUUGUGGCUGCAGCCGGACGCCUCGCCCCAAAGACCUACCCCGGGACUGGUUGUGGGGGGGCUGCGGUGACAAUGUGGAGUAUGGUUACCGGUUUGCCAAAGAGUUUGUGGACGCACGAGAGAGAGAGAAAAAUUACCCAAAAGGGUCAGAGGAUCAGGCGAGGGCACUGAUGAACCUCCAGAACAACGAGGCAGGGCGACGGGCGGUGUACAAAUUGGCUGACGUUGCCUGUAAGUGUCAUGGGGUGUCCGGUUCCUGUAGCCUGAAGACUUGCUGGCUGCAACUGGCCGACUUCCGCAAAGUGGGCGAGUACCUGAAGGAAAAGUACGACAGCGCAGCCGCCAUGAGGCUCAACCGCCGCAGCAAGCUGGAGCAGGUAAACCAGCGAUUUAACGCACCCACCGCGGAGGACCUGGUGUACCUGGACACCAGCCCAGACUACUGUCUCCGCAACGAGACCACGGGUUCACUGGGGACACACGGUCGGCUCUGCAACAAGACCUCGGAGGGCAUGGACGGAUGUGAGCUGAUGUGCUGUGGACGCGGAUACGACCAGUUCAAGACGGUGCAGGUUGAGCGCUGUCACUGCAAAUUCCACUGGUGCUGCUUUGUCAAGUGCAAAAAAUGUACAGAAAUUGUGGACCAGUUUGUGUGCAAGUAAGGCGGCCUUUCCCAGAGUCCUCUGCUCCCCUUUUGCUGCUUCUUCUCCGCCCCUUCACAGUGCACCCAGCGUCACCCGUCUUCCCUACAGCACAAAGGAGGGAAGCAAAAAAUAUAUAUGUAUAGGAUAUAAAAUUAAAUAUAUAUAUAUUUGUAGAUAUAUAUUUUUAUAUGUGUAUAAAGGAAAGGAACUACAAGAAGGGGUACGUGACGGGGUGGGCGAUCCGUGGGCAUUUUCCUAACUUAAGUAAUCCCUACUGUCCACAACUAGCAAUUUUGGAGAAGAUCAAAUCUUUCAAAGAAAAAUGGAGCCGGCAGCGGGAGACGUGAGGGCAGCCAUGUUUAAAUCCUACUUUGCCUCGUGACGCAAACAUAUUCUGUACGUGUGGAUCAGAUUACAGGACGGGAGAAUUCCCGCCAGAGCUGCGCUGCUGGGACUGAAAGACUUGAGAAGCUGCAGCGGAACUUUGCUCACUGGAUUGAUUGGCUAGCAGGAUUACAGGAUUUCCUCUCUUAUUAGCACAUUUUGUUACCCUGCCACUGAAAACUAUAACCUGACGCUUCGUUACCGUGGAAAGCGCACCAUACUAUUGCACUGUGUAGUGAUUGGUAGUAUCUGCGAGCACAUGCAUGCCCUUUGCAAUUGGCAACCGUUCUAUAUCAUUGCUGAGUAUACCUGUGUUAUAGUGGAAAGGUAACCCAUCAGGGCUUGUACUGGCAGGGGGCGGGGCUUACUACCCAGGUGUGGCUCGUUGCCCCGGGCUCAUGCACUGGAAGGUGACAGCUGUGCAAUCAGGCCUCACAAAAGGGAUCACUGAGAAAUCUAUAAUGUGUGGGAUGUGAACGCAGUUUGUUUUAUAUAUUUGGUCAUGCAUUGAGUAUGGAACGCAAUGUUGGGUAACGCACCGCUGGCAAAUAUGAGACUGCCCAAGACUACAAGCUCUUAUUGGGGGUUGUUCACUGAUGGCCUGCCCAUCAGAAGUAUCUUCCACCCCUAUUAGUGCUUUGGUGUGGGGGUCAGCACUACAGCAGUCCCAGGACCUCAUAGUGUUACCGAGAUCACAGGAGCGGAAGCAAAGUGCUGUUGGUGCAGGAGCAGGAUGGCCGGCCCUAGGUUUGUGCGCUGUUGAUGGAAGCUGUAUAACUAACAUGCACAUAUCCGGCCGGGUUUGGAAGAAUUGCAUUUUGCAUCCCCCUCCUGCAAUUAGGCUACAGUGUGCAUCCCACCAAAGCACUUAUGGGGGUGCGGGAGGGGCCCUAAGGGGCAGAAAAUGGGUUAGCACCGAAGGUCAAUAGAUCACAUGGUUCUAUGUUAUUCUGUACAGUGAACCCCAGCUCUCUGUGUAUAUACAAUCAUUAAGAGAAUGACAUCUUUUAAUGUAUUUUGUAGUCUCAUCUCAAACUAAAAUAAUUCCAAAUACAACAGUGCCCCCUAGCGGGACAGAUAUCAUUUAAAAAAAAAAAAGACCUGGUGGAAUUUUUGGAGGGGUGUGAAUGACCUGACCAGUAAUAUAGAUGUUGCCGAAAAAUUGGAUUUCGGCAAAGAAAGUGCGCCACCUAGUGUGCAAUAGAUGCAACUAACAGAGGCCCGGAUACAUGUCAAUGCAGAAUUCCCAAGUUAAACAGGGAUAUACUCUGCGCUGUUAUAAACUGCGGGAAAACACUGCGGAGAAAGUAUUUAGGGGGUGCACGCCAUUAACCCCUUCACUGCUGGACCAGCCACGGCAGGAUUUGUUUUGGGGUGGUUUCUCCAACAGUGGUGUUAAUUUCGCCUGACGAUUUGCAAUUAUUUUGUAGUUUUCAAGUUUAUUUAUUUUCUGAAGGUUUUUGUUAUUUUUUUUUUUUCUUUCAUAUUUUUUUGGGGGCACAGCGGGUGCAUUGUGAUAU